UUGAGUUGUUCGUUCAUACAUACCAUCAUUACUUUACUACACACGAAGGUUGUACACCGACCUCACACGUUGAUAAACUUGUUGUGAAUGGUGCGAAUUGUGCUCGUGAUACGCAGCGAAAUAUUUGUCAUCGAGAUUAGCACGCCGUGCGUUGCCCAUUAUAUUCAGACAUUUUGAACGCUGAAGUUAAUUUCUUCAACCUUGGAACCAUGGCGUUUACCUUUGGAAUACUUACAAUCAGCGAUAGUUGUAGUUCUGGUGAAAAAGAGGAUCAUUCCGGACCUGCUCUUUGCGCUUUGGUCAAAGAAUUCUACCCUCAAUCCAAGAUUCUUCUUCUUGAUUGUAUUCCUGAUGAUUAUGAAGCAAUCAAAGCGAAGCUGAUUGAAUGGUGUGAUGUGAAGAAGUGCAACGUGGUGCUGACCACGGGUGGCACUGGAUUUGCCCCAAGGGAUGUCACUCCAGAAGCAACCCGCGAUGUUCUGGAUAAACUUGCGCCGGCGGUCACCCAGCACAUCAAUCACAUGAGCAUGCAAGUGACACCCAUGGCAAUGUUAUCGCGUGCUGUCUGCGGCGUUCGCAAGCAAACGCUUAUUUUGAAUCUCCCGGGUAGUAAGAAGGCAUCCGUGGAAUGUUUCGGUUUUGUGGGCAAGACCCUGAAACAUGCUGUGGAGUUGAUGUUGGAUAGGAAGGCUGAGGUUGUUAAGGCCCAUCAGAUCGUUCAAGGAACUAUUGUGGGUGAUGAUACCGAGAAGAGUAAAGUAAAACUUGGAUGUGUAGCUUUACGAAAUCGCAAGUCCCCGUAUCCCAUGGUUUCUGUUGAAGAGGCUCAGGAGAUAAUGAGUGAUUGUGAUAAUAUGUAUAGGUUCGAACCGGAACAAUGUAUAGUGAAGAUUGAGGAUUCCCUCGGUAGGACGUUGGCAACUACUGUACGAAGUAAUGUUCCCUUGCCACCGUUUCCUGCCUCUACCAAAGAUGGUUACGCGGUGAUUGCCGCUGAUGGACCCGGGAUACGAAAAGUUGUUGAAGUAAUAGCAGCUGGUGAUUUGCCGGCGCAAUUCACGUUAAAAAGCGGAGAAAUUAUACGGAUCAGCACAGGUGCACCAUUGCCAAAUGGUGCUGAUGCUGUUGUUCAAGUGGAAGACACCGAAUUGGUCAAAGCCUCAGAUGAUAAUAUGAAAGAACUAGAGGUUAAAAUAAACGUGUCUCCUUCUGUUGGUUUGGACAUUCGGCCCAUUGGUUCUGACAUACCAGUGGAUGAAGAUAUACUACACCAAGGCACAAUUAUUACCCCAGCCCACAUUGGAAUAAUGGCCGCCGUUGGUAUAACAGAAAUUGAUGUGUAUGUUCGCAGAUCAGUUGGAAUUAUCUCCUCUGGAAAUGAACUUCAGAGACUUGGCUGUGGCCAGUUGCAAUCUGGUAAGAUUUUCGAUUCUAACAAGCUGACUUUGCUUUCCUUACUUGAACAACAUAACUUCAAGGGAUAUGAUUGUGGAAUUGCCAGAGACGAUCCUGAUGAUAUAAAGCAGAAAAUAUCGGCUGCACUUGCAAAGCAUGAUACGCUCAUUACUACUGGAGGCGUAUCAAUGGGCGAGUUUGAUUUAAUCAAACAGGUACUCGUUCAGGACUUCAAUGCUUCAAUUCACUUCGGGCGGGUUGAUAUGAAACCUGGAAAACCUACAACUUUUGCUACGUGUGAAUUCAAGGGAAAAUGGAAAUGUGUGUUUGCGUUGCCAGGAAACCCAGUAUCGGCAUCCGUCACGUUCUUGUUGUUUGUACUACCAUUCUUAAGAAGGUACAAUGUAUUACAAGAGGGACGUCAAAUGAUUGAUUUGAUUCUAGAUAAGGACGUUAAUUUGGAUGUGCGUCCUGAAUAUAUGAGGGUUAAAAUAUCGUCGGAUAAAAAUGGACGAAAAUUGGCCCAAUUUGCCACCGCCAAUCAAAUCAGUAGCAGAUUAAACAGUCUGGCAGAAGCGGAUGCUUUACUGGUUCUUCCUAGUAAAUCCGCAGUUUGUUCAAAACUUUUAAAGGGAGCGAUUGUGAAGGCAAUCCCGUUGAGGAACCGCGAAUUUUAUGUGAAAUAUUGAUUUGUACUUACGGAUAAGUAAAAAAUAAAUUUAUUUAAAGUUAA